UAGGUUACUGGAGGACAGUAAAAAGACGACUGUCUCCGCCUUUGCUUACAAGGAGGACACUAAAGUGACGACUGUCUUCAUACUCGAUUACAAAGAGUACAUUCAUGACGAAUGAACCAAAACAUAUGAAUUACGAUCAUCCAGGUGGUGAACUAUUAGUGGAAAUCUUGUGUCUUUUUCGUAUGCAUUGACUCUUUGUCGAACUGCUGAGUGAGUUGCCAAUCUUAAGCCGAUUGCAGAUCGGUUCGUUCCGGAGCAGAGAUCCAGUUGUCCAUUCCUUUCACUUGAUAUUCACUUGAUUGUAUCAAGAAUGACAAAAUAACUUAAGAAAUAAGAAAAUGUGUGUUUGGAUUUGAAUGAAUAUCGUUUUAAAUGUCCAGGAAGGACAGGUGAGCAAUUUGCAUACUCAAAAUUGUUUGGCUCCAUUACAAUACACAACAAAGAUGAUCUUAGUUUGCAUUAUAUAAAUCUUGAAAGAAAUGGUUGGCAUAUCCUUAAAGCCGCCCUUGUUGGUGGGACGUAUCCUAUGUGUAUUGGAUUCUAAGGUAUUGGUAAUCAAUGCAGAGUGUACGAAAAAGCAACAAAUCUUCGUUGUUGUAACAGUUCGACGGUGGCCGCUAGUUUUUUCCUGGGGAAACACUUUCAAUUGAUACAGCUGCCUCGGGUUUGCUAAUCUUUGGCUGAGUAUGACUCUGUUCGUUGCGCAGCAUAAAUCCAAUUGUCGUCAAAACAAUUCUUCAAUUAUUUUCCAGUUGUAAUGAUGUCGAAUGUAAUACUAUUGUAAUGCCCAUUACAGUUGCUGUGUUUGCAGUUGUUUAUUAGAAUUUUAAUAUAAACACAGUUUAAAUAGAAUUUAACGGAUAAAUAAUAAGAAAACAUAAAAGAAAAAACAACUAACGAAUAAUAUGUACCGCUUUAAACAACUACAACAGCAACAAAAACAAAAACAACAACAUAAUAAUCAACAUUUUCAACAACAAAAACAACACCUCAUCAAACAAACAACGUGCAAUGAACGCAUUAAAAAAAAACAAAAAAAGGUUUAUACAAAAGUGUUGCAAAAGCCGGUCAAGUGUAACAGUGCCACAAAAGGUUUACUUCUUCUGUUCAUAUACAAGAACUACGGUUAAGACAAACAACUAAAGUAAAGUGCUUUAAGAGUAAACACCAACAAAAAUAGCAACAACCAAACAUGUGCCACAAAUUGUUUACACUCUUAACAAAAAAAAGUUAAAAAAGAAGAGUUUAAAAGAGCGCCUGCGUAAUGUAAAGUGUUUGUGUAGAAGUUUUCGUUUGAUGGAAACAUUUAACCAAGAUGUCAAUACAACACGACAGUAGUGAUAGCAAUUAAACGACAGCUGCUAAUAGAAGGAAAAAUAAAAAUUAAAAAAAAUAAAGAAAAUCUAUUUACAAAAAUCCUGUUCAAAAAGAAUGCAAUCAAGCAAGAAAUAACGAAAAAAAAUGAAUAAAAUAUUAAUGAUUAAGAAAACGACGCAGACAACUAUUUAAAAUCAAAUUUAAAUAGAAACUUAGAAGCAAAUGUUGAAAACAAGAAAACAGUUAAAUGACAAACAUUUAAACACUUAAGUUUAAUUAAUAACUAAAAAACUAAAUUAAGCAAAAAAACAUAAAUAAAACUAAUAAAACACACAUUUAGCAACGAACACGAUAAAUAAAAGAAAAACCAGUAAAAUGAUGAAAUUACAACUAAUAUUCCUGCUUACGACCAGUUCUAUUCUAACACUUAGCUCCACACAAAAUGUAAACGUAACUGAUCCACCACCAGCAGCACAACCCUUAGUAUCUGCCUCUGAGGCUACUCUUCUAACUACUGCUCCACUACUAGAAGAAUCCCUACAAAAAUAUAAACUACAAGAGGAAUACAAUGAAAUCCCAUUAGAAUCCGAGCCAGAAGCCACAAAUAUGUCGAAAACAGAAGCGAAAAAACUUAAUAAAACCCGCUUUAAAAUAGCCAAAGUUUAUACCAAUUGUACCCGGGAUCUAUUCGAAAUGCGAGUAGAACUUAAUCGUCCCUUUCAUGGUCUGCUAUAUGCCAAAGAAUUUCCCCAUGAAUGCCGGGCAAGAGGCACAUCAGAAACAAAUAUUACUUUAAGAUUGCCUACGUCAGGUUGUGGUGUUAGAGUGGAACCAAGACAUGAUGGUUCUAUGGAAUUAUCGGUGCGUAUAAUGAUGCAAAUGGAGGAGAAGUUAAGACAAAGUUCGGAUAUUUUAAAAACCGUAAAGUGUAAAUUACCCAUUACUGCUAUGGGCAUGUUGUUAGCGGGUGUGGAGGGGAUUAAAAGUAAAAAUAAUGGUUUGAGACAUGGCCGCAUGCAACAUGCAAAUCUUUAUUUAGCAAAAACACCUCUAACAAAACAACAAUUUAAUGCCGCUGAUAUGGAAACAACACAUUUGCCAUCAUCAUCUUCGUCAUCAUCCGCACAACAACAACAUUUUACUAAUGCUCACACAUCACAAACACCACGCGUACGAAUUUGGUUAGAAUUGGGCGGCCCUGAUGGCUCCGGUUCAGUUGUUGUAGGUCAAGCAACAACACUAACCGUACGUGCCAUUGUUCCUGGUUCUAUGGGUGUGCGUAUUGUUGAUUGUGCAGCAUUAGAUGGUUUAGGUGAAUCGACGCAACAGUUGUUGGAUGAGAGAGGUUGUCCUAUCGAUGAACAGGUCAUGCCCGCCUUACACACCCAUUCCAAACCUUUAGAAGAGGGUUGGUCUAAACACAAUGAAGAUGAUUUAAUAGAGAAAACCUAUACCGCUACCUUUCCUGCUUUCAAGUUUCCCGAUCGUGAACGUUUGCAUGUUAGCUGUGGGGUGCAAUUAUGUAAAGGACAUUGUCCAAAUAUAAAUUGCCGCACCAGUGAAAAACUAGUGUUAAGCUCUGAAAAACACUUGGCACGCAUUGAAGUGUUUAAUUCGUUAGCAGUGACGGCGCCACAAAUUGAAGUAGAUCGUUUACGUUAUGAUCGACGUCAUAAUAUGACAGUAGAAGAAUAUCCGCCUUAUGUGAGGCCCCUGGUAAAUGAUGGUACUUUAUGUUUAUCGGUAUCCAAAUUGGCUUUAUCAUUUUGUAUAUUAGGUUUAAUAUUUCUUGUGGCUGUUAUAGUGGCUGUUACUUCAUUAAUAAGAUCACGACGAAGAACUUCUUCAUCUAGUGGUCAGCAUAGUUGUGGUACUAUUUCCACGAAUAGUGCCCGUUUACAUCGAACGGAAAUGUGCAAUUCUAUGUUUUCUUCAAGCAGCGAAUCGGCCCAAUCGGCAGCACGUUUUGGUAGUAAAUUUUUAAUACCCUAUUAUCCCAAUACUUUACCCUAUGGUAGAGUUUAUUAACUUUAAGUAAAUUUAAGUUUAAUUUAAUAUAAUUAACAAAAUUUAUAAGAAUUUUUCUUAAAAAUCCUAAAAAAAGUUACUUUUCUU